AUGCCUUUUACACCGCAAUGGCACGUCAUUCAAGCCGAACACAGGUGGCAAAUUCUGCGUCACCAAAAGCGUUUUAUGGCCUGGUCUAUCUAUUGCUGCGUCGGCGCCCUUAUGCUAGGCUACGAUGUUUUGGUCCCCUCGACCGUGUCCGCGUGUCCAGCGUUCCAACGAAAAAUGGGUGUACCUUAUCCAUCGCAACCAUGCGGAUACCUAAUACCUGCCAAUAGGCUCUCAGGAUUUGUUGCAUGCUCGACUGCUGGAGAUAUCCUGGGAAACCUGUGCGCUGGAUGGGUAAUGAUGAGAUUUGGGAGGAAGCCAGUGCUGCUUGCAAUUUCCCUUGUGGCGGCGGUAGGGCUCGCGAUGCAAGUCUCCUCGGACGAUUGGAGAAUCUUCAUGGGUGGACGAUUCAUCAACGGCAUUGGAUUCGGUUCCUCGUACCUUGUUGCCCCCGUCUGGAUCGGCGAAAAUGCCCGGCAAGAACUUCGAGGAUUCUUCUUGUGCUUGACGAACAUCUCAAUCACCUUUGCACAGUUCAUGCUGGGCCUGAUUAGUCGCGGAACGUCUGAGAUGGCAGGCCAUUGGUCUUACAAGGUUCCACUGAUGAUACAAUUUCUCUUCCCAGCCAUCUUGUGCCUGUUCUGGCACUGGUUCCCGGAGUCGCCUUACUUUCUACUCCAACAGAAGCGAACAGCAGAUGCGAGAAGAUCUCUGGUGCGGCUUCAUGGCCACCAUGACCUGGCCCUCAUUGAUGCCGAGCUGAACCGCCUGCGAAAGACUGCCGAUGAGUGCGAGAAAAUACGCAGCAAGACGCUCUUGCGCGGAUCUUUGUUACGUCAGUGCUUUCAAAACACAGAUCGCAGACGUACGAUCACCGCCAUGACAUUGGCAAUAAGCCAGCCUUACGUCGGCGCAAGCUUCGUCGUCGGCUACACGACGUACUUUCUUGGCCUCCUUCGAGUGCACGAGUUCUUCACAGUCUCUCUGAUACUGCAGACAGUCAUGCUUCUCUCCAACUUGGUAUCCUUCUUCGCCAUCGAAGCUCUGGGGAGACGAAUACUUUUGAAUUGGGGAGUGCGCCUGCUGACAGCUUGCCUGCUGAUCAUAGGCGUUAUGGGAUGCGUCGACAGCACGGCCGCGCUGUGGGCGGCAAUUGUAAUGUUCUUCGUCUGGGCGGUCGUAUACCAAUUGACACUUGGACCUGUGGUGUACGCAGUUGGUACAGAAGUUGUUUCGCCACCGUUGCGGCCCAUAGUUCAAUCUCUCUUCAGCGCAACCAUAUCACUUGGGAGCUGGAGCUGCCAAUUCACUAUCCCUUAUAUGAUCAAUCCUGAUGCUGGAAAUCUCGGCUUGAAGGUUGGGUUCAUCUGGAUGGGCUUUGGCAUCGUCUUCUGCGUGGCCUUCUUCUUCCUCGUGCCAGAGACAAAAGGGCUGAGCUUUGCAGAGUCCACGCCACUUUCCAAGCGCCGCAGAAAGCCUUCGUGGGCGAUCCAGUUCGACGAGGGCAUGCCCCUCGGAGUCGACUUGCUUGGAAGCCAUAAUGCCUGGCGACAAGCCAUAACGCUACCGCGGAAGAUAAGAGUUGGUGUGAAGUGUUUGGUUGGUCGCUCCGUUGGCCAUGGCUAA